CAUGACGGACGGACUGCUCGCUGUUGUAUCGGAGGCAGAACGCAACAGCUUUCCGACUCUGUCUCAGCUGAGCGAGAACGAUGUGGAUAACAUUUGGGUAAAUGUGUCAGCCUUCAUCGAACGUCACAUGUCUAUGCAAAAAGGAGUGUGCAUUGCUGGGCUUGGCGUGUUCACCUUUUCCCAGCAGAAGCUGGAUAUAGGCAGCAAGAAUGUCCUUUAUCAGCGGCCAGUCUUCAUCUUAACUGAGAAACUCUGCCAGUCUCAUGGCCUUAAACAGACCAAACCUCUUGCUGCAGCAGGGGACAUUCCGGUGGUUCAGCUCAAUUUCACCGCCCUGAGCCUGGACAGCCCGUUCGAGCGCGACGUGGUGGAGGGAUGUGUAAGAGAGAUGCUCCUCUUGCUGCUACGUGCUGUGUCUGCCCAGCGCACCGUCUUCCUUAUCUUCAGGGGCAUCGGAAUCCUCUCGUUCCGUCACAGCAUCGUCAAGAUGAAGUUCUACCGUGACUUCAUCUCAAGCAUGGAUGGCUCAGGCAAACUCCUCUGGGCUCUGACCAACAGACCUGGAACAAGCAUCUCUGUAGUCUCUGGGAACCUCUCAAGCCUCCAGCGCCCUGGAAGCUGCAAUGCCAUGACGUUCCCCAAAAUCUCAUCAGGAAAGGCUCUGAGAGAGGAGAAGGGGGACGAGGAGGAAGAUUCUGUCCCUGAGCUGUGUGAUAGACAAGGAGAUAGUAGGAAAGUUACCAGAGCACAGCCUGAAUUUAAGCCAUCCACAGCCGAAGCAAAUGGAAACAGCUCAAGUGACAACCAAGAGACUGAUAUUUCAUUAGAAACGAUGGAAAGACAUCCUAAAGCUCCAAAGCCACCAGAUGGCAACACAGGAAAAGUAGAAGUGAAACAAGAAGCUGCCUGUCCCAGUCCAACAUGCCUCGACCACACUCGAGCCGGACAGGAGCUAUGCUACCUGUGUAUGCAGCGAGCCCAGCGUAAUGUGCCCCUGUAUCUGGCAGAGGAAAGGCGCAGGCAAGAAAAGGAAGAGGAAAAACUCCUGCUGCUUGCUGAGAAACACAAAGAUGAACAGUUUUUAAAGGGAGAACAAGCCAAGCAAGAGCAGAAACGGCAGGACGAUAAAAAGAUGGCAGCAUUUAAUCUCGGGGUCGCUGAAACACUGAGGGCAAAGAAUUCGACAAGGUUGUCCCAGUUUGAGGGCUCGUAUAUCUUUGGCAAACGGCCUGCCACUCCUCCUAGACGUCUGAAACAGAGGUCCUACAUGCAAGAAUUGUCAGAGCAGCUGACCCAGAGGAGGCUAAACCACACAGAGAGAUGCCAAGAACACAAGCUUACUGAACGGCUCCACCAAAUCCAGCUCGCUGACGAGUUCGCUAAACUGAAAGCUCAUGAACUUGUCCAGAAAAAGGAAAACAUGAAAAAGCUCCAAAAGGCCCUAGAUAUCCAGCUGGAACACCGAAAUCCAGGCCUCCCUGCACGUCAGCCUGACUCGGAUGGUCCUGUGUUUGGGGUGAGGGAUAGUGCUCCAGCUUUGUUAUAUGAACAAAAACAAAGAGCACAAAACGUUUGUGAAGAGCAAAUAAAGGCAGCGUGCAACAAGAGGAAGGAGGUGCUGUUUAGCCGGCUGAGUGAGCAGAGAAAGGAAAGAGACAUGCUGCAACGCAACCAACAGCAACUGAUAGCAGAUCGGAUCUCCCGCUAUGAGAGGCUGAGGGAUUUGAGGACUUCACUGGAAGACACAUGGUCUCGCAGCGCUGGCCUGAAACACUUCCGAGACCUUGAGGAGAGAGCUUUCAUUAGGUCAGGUGGCAGGCUGCUGAUGAAUCAGUGUGAACAGUACCGCCGCUGUUUCCAGUGCAAGAGAAAAACCACCAACUGCGGCGAGAGCAACAUCUGGAAGGACUCGCACUACAUCCCUGGCUCCCGUCUCAUGGUCUAGUCUCUUCUACCUCUACUCUAGAAUAAAGUAAAAUACUUGAAGUUUUAACAAACUUGAAUAUAUAUGUUUGGUACU